CCUCACUUCCUCUGAUCUACCAGCACUGCUCGACUGGUCCCACCACCUCUCAGAGUAAGGCACCAAGGUGGAGGAAUGAACUUCCCCGUGAUGUCAGAUCAGCUGGAUGGCUUGGACAAUUCCCUGCAGUUUGUUCACAUCCUGUUCCUCAUGUGCUUUUGCUGAGUCCUCAUCUUUAGUUGCUUGUUUUUCCCCCCAGUUCCCCCUCUUCUGUGUCCGUUGGUUUUGUUUUAUUAAUAAAACUCUGUCUGUCUUCUAGAAAUCUAUAUCUGAUUUUAUUAUAUCUACUGUAUAUUAAAAGUCCUGACGGCAGCUGAAGACAUUCCUCUUCCUCGAACACUUUAACUAGUGAUUACUUUUCCUGUUAGUUUUAUAUAUUUAAUAUAAUGCUGUAAUUCUCCACAACAGUGAUCCUAAAUCUGUGUCCUAGUGAAGCAGUGUUGAUGUUUCACUGAUGGAGGCUUUAGAGAACUUUUGCUGUACUGUAAAUGCUCUUAGAGUAGAAAUGUAUAGAGAUAUUUGUGAGGUGUUUAAUGAUUCUGGUGUUGAUUUGCUGGUUGGUGUAGUUCAGUGGGUGUGUGUUCACUGGUGUGGACACUGUGGUUAUUGAGGGGUGUUAAACACUGAAAGGUUUAAUAAACUUUAAUUUAAUAUAUUUAUAACAUUAUACACUGUAAAGUUUAAAUAUUAGAGUUAAACAGUGUUGGUGUUCAGUUCAGUGCAGGUGUAAUAUUCGUAUUCAUAUAAAUGAACAUACAGUGGAUUAGAUUUUCACACACACACACACACACACACACACACACACACACACACACACACACACACACACACACACACACACACACACACACACACAUGCACGCGCGCACAGGGAGGACGGGAUUAGUCGGAUGCACAGUGGAGCUGGCGCAGUGUUGUCCGGUGUUUGUGUUGCAGUGUUUGAUGCGUGAUAUAACGGGAGAAACCGGAGCAGCAGCUCCACGAGGAAACGGAUAAGAACAGGAGGAGAACGAGUCACGGUAACGGAUUGGUCUGUGCGUGUUUGUACCGGAGUCAGCCAUGGGCUCGAGACUGAGCCGCCAGAGCAGCCUGGAUGGAAGCGGCGGAAGCUCCCGCAGGAGAGGAGCAGGAGGGCGGCGGAAACGCGCGGACAGCGACGGGGAGCGCGAGCACAGCGCCCAUUUCCCCGCCGCCGUGAUGUUGUUGAGGACAGACAGGCUGCGCGCGAGCGCACAGAGUCCGUACGUGAGACGGGUGUCAUGGAUCCGAGACAUCCAACAUCUGCUGCGCGAGAGGAAGGUGGAGGAGGCCGUGAUUGUGCUGAGACAGCUGAGGAAGGAUCUGGGAUUAGAGGGAACAUCCCUGAAUGAUAUUUUAUACAAAAACGCAGCUUUCCUCAACCUGGUGGAUCCGAUUUCACACGAGCUGCUGCUGAGUCUUGCCCGAGACAUGCAGUGUCCCAAAAAGGACUCGGACAUGCUGAAGUCAACAGAUAAAAUCUGUAGGCAGCUCAUUUAUCACCUGACACCGCACUCAAAGUGGUUGAGACAGAGCAUGAGCCGGAGAAAAGCCCAGGCCUGGCUGAAAACGACUCUCCAGAAGAAGCUCUGUAGCGACUCUGUGGAUCUUUCCGGAAUCCCCCUGUCCACACGGGACAUUCGACACGUGGCGUAUUACCUCCAGACCAGUGGGGGCGCUGUUAUAUCUGUGGAUUUGAGCUUCACUGAGCUGCGGGAUGAAGGUUUGCGAAUCCUGUUGCCUGUUUUGAGCGUUUUGCCCAAACUCACCACUCUGGCGCUGAACGGAAACCGUCUGACUGUGUCCAUCAUGAAGGACCUGACCGAGGCUCUGAAAAUCCCACAGAGUUUCACGUGUAUGGCCUGGAUCGAUCUUGGGAACAACGUGGACAUUUUCACCAUGCCACAGCCUCUCCUGGUGGCGCUGAGGCGGCGCUGCAGCUUAAAGAGCAGUUUGCCCACCAUAUACGAGUACACGGAGGGGCAGCCAUACUGCUACCGCAUGGAGAGCUCCAUCGAGGAGCCGAGCCUUUACGAGGAAGAUGAAGAAGAUGAUGAAGAUGAAGAUGAGAUGGAAGAAAAACUAGACAUGGAGCAGUGGAGCCUCGUGGAGCGGAAGAGCUCUGGAAGUUUCACCUUAAAAUAUUGUGAGAGGUGAAGCUAACCGUUGGCCUUUAGCGUUACCCAUCGCUGAGGAUGUAGGAAGUGGAAAUGAGCCAAAUUUGAGGAGGUCAGAGGGAUGGAGGGACAGCCUCUCCACACCACUUGUUGUCGCUCUAUGAGUUUCCCUGUUCCCCAUUCUGGCUUUGUUGUGAUCCAGCACCAUCACAUUCACACAGGAAGUCAAACGGCGGCAAGAUAAACGACCCAGGGCACGCUCAAUUAGCGUAAAACAAAAACCGGACACACACUCACCGUUUUAGCUGUUGAUGCUCAAUGGUUCUGGGGAGGGGCGGUUCAUUGGUUCUUUGGUGGGACUUUUAGGAGAUUCAGAGAUGUCACUUCUACUACAAUAAAUAAAUAAAUAAAUAAAUAAAUAAAUAAAUAAAUAAAUACUAAUGAAAGUUCCAGAAAAAUAAGUAAUGGAAAAGCUUAGCAUGAUUAGCUGAUUAACAUCCUUACUGAACAAGGAGCCCAAAUGUUUAGCUAUGGUGGAGCACUGAUAUAGUGGAGCACUGUGUGUGUGUAUGUGUGUGUGUGUGUGUGUUUGUGUGUGUGUGGUCAGAUUUGGCACACACUGCCCCUGCCACACGUUGCCCCUAACAUCGCAAACACCACUUUGUUCGUUUCUAAUCUUCCAACAAAAGCCAUGUAAGCAGCUCGACAAACCUGUCACAUGAGCGCUGACAAAACUGCUACGUCAAGACUUUUCUCCUAAAACGUUCAGUCGUGGACGUCUGGUCAUCACUUAGCAACACGUAUCUCUGAAUAAUGCUAAAUCACAUAAUAUUACGACGUGUUCCUUUUUGUCAAGACUUUGCUAACACAGAGUGAAUCCUGCUAACUAUCUCUCUUAAUACCUGUGUUGAUUAUUAUAAAUGUCAUCUUUAUGCUAAUGUGUUACUUUCUCAGUUUAACAUAAUACAUCAUAUUAACCCAAAUAGCUCCAGGGCUAAUUUUAGCAUCAAUGUAUAAGGUAUUAAAGCUCAAUGUUAAUUAUAGCUUACUGAAUGAAACGUGUGCGCAUCAACAUAACAACAUAACAUGCUAGCAGCUAGUCACUUCACUGACAAAUCCUAUCUGCCACUUCCUGUUUCUUGCUUUAAGAUAAUGCUUAAAUAAGGAGUAAUACUGGUAGCAAUUAGGAUUUCACUCACUUGGCUAAGACAAGAAGGGCUAGCAUGCCUAGUGUGACUGGAGCUCCAGUUUCUGCUACUUCCUGUAGCCAUUUCAACCCUUUAAAGUGGUUUUUUGCACAUUUUUAGCCAUUUAUUGUGAAGGCUAAUUUUAUUUAAUGUCAAUGUGAAACACUGAUAUUGUAUUAGUGUGUAUCUAAAGCUGGUAUAUUUUCUUCCAAUAUGCACACACACACACACACACACACACACACACACACACACACACACACACACACACACACAGGGUUGUUUGGGAAUAAUCAGACUGUAAAUGACAGCAGAUCUGUAAUAUUACUGUGAUGUAGUGUGUUGUCUUUCUACUGUGUGUAUAUAUGUGUACUGCUGUGAUGUUGUCUCAACAUUGUGUGCGUCUGUGAUUUGUCGUAUUGUGUUAGUGUCAUCUGCUGCUGAGUCUUAUGUCCUCAUGAAGCUUGAGACUCAAUUCGUCCUCUCAUAGGGAUCAAAACACAACGAUAUUUAAAGAUGCAAAAAUAAUUCUGCUUACUUAAAUAAACUUAACUUAAAUAAACGUCCCCAAACCUCGUCACUCAGACAGAGUCGAUCUGAGCUUCUGCACUGACGCCGUUCACUCUUCAUUCUAACUCUUGUGUACAUUUGAGGUAAAUGACAGAUUAAAGGGACAUCAGGGUUUGAGGUAAAGCAGGUGAUUGAGGUAAAGUACUGAGGUAAACACAGACAUGGAGGACUUGAGGAUAAUUGGACAGUGAAGUAAAUCAGACACUAGGGACAUAUGAUUUUUGGGGGGGGGAUAUUUAUUUAUUUAUUUAUUUAUUUAUUUAUAUAAACAUUUAUUUACACUAAGGAUGUUAAUAGCAUUAGCUUGUUUAGCCUCAGCUGAGUCCAUUUUAAACUUGCAGCCUUGUCUCUAAAUAUAUCAACACUUUUGUGGGCUCAUGAAAAACCUUUGUGUAAUCUGUGACACACUCGAGCUGUAAAUCACCUCAGUUCUGACUUUCCUGCUAUGCUAAUCAUGUGCCGAUAAUCUGCUUUAAUGUCAUUUUUUACACACGUCAUAUAGUCAGUGUCGAUACCUCACGAUAUUAUCAAUCCACUUGUAUUCAGUUUAUGAAUAUGGUGCCUUAUUUCGGCUACGUUGUUUUUGUCCCGAUGAAAAUAUACGUUGAUUUGUGUAGAUAGCAUGAGAAUAGUUAGCGGUCAGUGCUACAUGAUAUUUAUUCCCACAUCAGAUGUAAAUGUUGAUGUUUCACAUAAUAGAGUCUUGUUUCCACAAUCGCUGUUUCUUUACAUUGCCCAUGUUUUUAGUACUUAAGGGCUAGGUCAGUCGUUAUACUUGUUUUUAGCUAAAGAAUGUGUUAGAUUUCAGUGUUCAUGAUGCUCAUGUGUCUGAUCUUUGGAGUUUGUUCGUCGUGUGUCACAUGUUCAUUCAGCACACUAAUCUAAUGUUAGUCAAACACCUAACGUUAUGUCUUUAUUAAUAAAAGUCACUUGUUUAUAGACUACUUUGUUGUUCCCAAGACCUAAACUAGCUGAAUGUUUGCUGAACAAAGUUAACACAUGUAACUUGCUAGAUAACGAUAGUUAGCUAGCUAGUUAUGCUAGUCUUUUUGUUUUAUAUCUAGCGAGCAGUCGUGUCUCUGUAGCACAAACGUAGCACACUUCAGAAAACAAUAUCGCGUCAUGUCAGAAGUUGCACAUCGGCCCCUUGUCAAGCUCGAGCACAGUGUGUUAAUGUUCACGGCAGAAUCGUUGUGUGUUAUUAAAGCAAGUCGCUAACUGUGUUCUUGUUAUCGUUUGUAUAAUGAGUCUUUGUGUCUGACUGGUGUUUGUUAUUAAAUUGUGAUUUAAACAAUAAUUUAUACGACUGUUACACAACAAUUGAGUAAUAAAAUGACUGAAUAUUGAAAUCA